AUGUCUCUUGAAAAUCCUCUUCCAUCAGUCCAUACAAAGACCACCCCAGGACCAGCUCCUAAUGGCCUGGGAACUGGUAUUUUCGCCUCUGCAGAUAUUGGCUCCGGGCAGGAUGUUUUGAAUGUACAAAGUCCCUUUGUGGCUGUUCUUGAUACACCACGACUAGAGGAUACCUGCUCUGGGUGCUUUGGGAAGAGACACCUGGAGGUUCCAGUUGAUCUGAAGGCAUGUACUGGAUGCCAGGUUACGAAAUAUUGUGACAGGACUUGUCAAGCCAAAGACUGGAAGUUCGCACACUCCCUCGAGUGCCCAAUCUACCAAAAGCUCAAACCGAGAAUUCUUCCAAACAAUGCGAGAGCAAUUCUCCGCAUGGUUCUGCGCAGUGGACGUCGAAAAUAUGCUGCGCAGGAGCUCGACCUUUUUGUCCGGCUAGAGACUCAUGUUCGAGAGAUACUAGACCAGAACAUGAAACAGUGGGAGCGUAUCGCUCUGUCAGCGAAGGCAGUGAAGGCAUAUUCUGGAACUGAGAUGAGCGAGCAAGCUUUAUCUGCUUUUGGAGCCAAGCUUGACAUGAAUGCUUUCAACCUCACAAAUGCUCAAUAUGAUCGUAUUGGGCUAUACUUGCACCCAUAUGCGGCUUUGAUAAACCACGGCUGUGAUUAUAACUCUGUUGCCGGGUUCGAUGGCGAUGAGCUCUUUGUUAAAGCCAUCCGGCCAAUCAAAAAGGGAGAACAGAUUUUUAUCUCUUAUAUCGACGCAACCAACCCACUUGAAUAUCGCCGUGGAGAGCUUUCUGAGAGAUACUAUUUCAACUGCCAGUGCUCCAAGUGCGAGAAAGGAACAGAUACAAUGGAGGACCGAUUUUUACCUACUGCGCCAUCUGACUGUUCUACCCUGGAUGCCUCUCAUAGGAAAACCCUGGAGCUAAUGGAGUCUGCUUCUGACCCUGAUACUGAGCCAUUGAAGGCAGUCAAUAUGCUCGAGUCUGCUAUGCAGGGACUGCGCCAAACCGGUUCAUGGCCCAUCGCCCGACAGCCAUAUGUUUCCUUGCGUGAUGAGUUGAUAACAUCUUUACUUUCGGCAGGAAGAUUCAAGUCAGCAUUUAUCCACGCCGCUAUCCGCUGUAUACUCAUCGACCCCGUCAUAUAUAGCCACGAUGCUCACCCAAUCCGCCACUUACAUGGAUGGGCGCUGGCAAAGCUCGCCAUACACCUGUCACAAGGGAUGGAGGCGAACACCGACGAUCCUUAUGCGCUUGAAGCCCACGGACUGAACUUCAAUUUCAUCAUUUGGUUUAUACUGAGUAAGCUUGUCAGUCAGGAAUCGGAAAGUUGCACCGUGCCUAGUUUCAAGAGGCUAGUGAGAAGCGCUUUCAAUGAUGUGCAUAAGGAGUUUACUGCCAAUGGUCUGGACCCUAUGGAUAUGAUAGAUAACAUACGGAAAGAGUGGGAUAAGCUUGAGAGAAUUGUGAGGGAAUCAGAUAGCAUAUUGUGA